GAGCGCGAGCGCGCGCCGCCAUGGGCGCGUUCAGAAGCAGGAGCAUGCUGGUCCCAUUUUCAAAGAAGAAUUGCUUCCAGUUACUUUAUAACUUCAAGGUCCCAGCAACUGGCUUUAAAAACACAGUAACAAGUGGGCUCAUUUUACAGUCAGUUUCCAAUGAUGUUUACCAAAAUCUGGCUGUAGAAGACUGGAUCCAUGACCAUAUGAACCUAGAGGGCAAGCCGGUUCUGUUCUUGUGGAGAAAUUCUCCCUCUGUUGUAAUUGGUAGGCAUCAGAAUCCUUGGCAGGAAUGUAACCUGAAUCUGAUGAGAGAAAAAGGUGUAAAACUGGCUCGGAGAAGAAGUGGAGGAGGCACAGUUUACCAUGAUAUGGGUAAUAUCAAUUUGACUUUUUUUACAACCAAAAAGAAGUAUGAUAGGAUGGAAAAUCUAAAAUUAGUUGUGAGAGCUCUGAAUGCUGUCCAACCCCAGCUGGAUGUGCAGCCUACCAAAAGAUUCGACCUUUUACUUGAUGGACAGUUUAAAAUCUCAGGAACAGCUUCUAAGAUUGGCCGGACUACUGCUUAUCACCAUUGCACUUUGUUAUGUAGUACUGAUGGGACCCUCUUGUCAUCUUUGCUCAGGAGCCCUUACCAGGGGAUCAAGAGCAAUGCCACUGCUAGUAUACCUUCCUCAGUAAAAAGUCUGCUGGAAAAAGACCCCACUCUGACCUGUGAAAUACUGACAAAUGCUAUAGCUGCAGAGUAUGCUGCUUGUCAUCAGAUUGAUAAUCACAUCAACCUGAUAAACCCAACAGAUGAGAUCCAGUUCCCUGGAAUAAAUAGCAAAGCCAAAGAACUACAAACCUGGGAAUGGAUCUACGGCAAAACUCCGAAGUUCAGUGUAAAAACGUCCUUUAAUGUGCCACAUGAACAGUCACACUUGGAAAUCAAAGUAUUCAUAGAUGUAAAGAACGGGAGAAUUGAAAUCUGUAACGUUGAAGCACCUGAUCAUUGGUUGCCACUGGAAAUAUGUAACAAAUUAAGUUCAAGUUUUAUUGGCAGGAAGUUUUGCCCAAUUGAAACUACUACUCCAACAAAUAUAUUACAUAGACUAUGUCCAGAAGAUAAUGAACUACACAGUAAAUGGAACAUUCUCUGUGAAAAAAUUAAGGGAAUAAUGUGAUUGCAAGUAAAUUUAAUAUUGACAGGUUCAGUGAGAAAAUAAAAACUUUCA